CAUUUCUUAAUAAUAAAGUUGUUGGGGGAAGGAUUUGGAAAAGACUUCUUGUCUUUGCACAGUCCACGACGGCGAUCAUGAAGUUUAGUUGGAAACAAACUUUACUCAUUGUAGCGUCUGUGUUUUUCCUGUGUGUGGCUGCAGACACACGUGCACCUGAAGUGCACACGGAGCUGGGGCGUCUGAGAGGUCAGUACGUCAGUGUUAAGGGGAAGGAGACUGGGGUCCAUGCCUACCUGGGGGUCCCCUUUGCCAAGCCCCCUGUAGGUCCUGCUCUGAGACUGGCUGCACCUCAACCUGUAGAGGGAUGGGAAGGAGUGAAAGAUGCCACCCAGCAGCCAGCCAUGUGUGUUCAACACAAACAUCAUGUGAAAAAACUUUAUGAUAAACUUGAAGACAUUUUUCCAAUAGUUUCAGACAUUUCCGAAGACUGUCUCUACCUCAACAUUUACACGCCUGCAAACAGAGCUCAUGAUGCAAAACUCCCAGUCAUGGUUUGGAUCCAUGGUGGAGCAUUUACUAUGGGCUCAGCUUCUAUGUAUGAUGGAUCUGCACUGGCUGCGUACCAGGAUGUGGUUGUGGUUUUGAUCCAGUAUCGCUUAGGACUUCUGGGAUUUCUCAGCACUGGAGAUCAACACAUGCCUGGAAACGUUGGUUUGCUGGACCAGGUACAAGCUCUGAGGUGGAUCCAGCAGCACAUUCACAACUUUGGUGGAGAUCCAGGUUUAGUCACUGUAUUUGGAGAGUCUGCAGGUGGGAUCAGUGUGUCCUUGUUGCUUCUCUCACCGUUGUCUCAUGGGUUGUUCCAUCGUGCCAUUGCUGAGAGUGGAACUGCUGCCAUGGAUGCAUUUGUAUCAAAUAACCCUUCACCAAUGCUGCAGAUGGUGGCAAAUGCAUCUGGUUGUAGCCAUGAAAGCACAAAGAAGAUCGCUGAUUGUAUUAGAAACCUGGAUAUUGACACUAUUGUGACCAUUGGGAAGGAUGAUAAUUUGAUACCUUCUAUAAAUGUUGAUGGAAACUUCCUGACAAAACCUGUGGAGGAGCUGUUCCGUGGACAUGAACUUCUCACUGUUCCAUUCAUGACUGGUGUGAAUGAUGAUGAAGUAGGAUGGAUGAUUGCACAUUUCUUUGGUCCUCAAAACUGGACAGAGGGAAUGGAUCGAAAGCAGAUCACGAAGACACUCUCGGUUUUCUUUCCUGAUCCCAAACAUGCAGUCACCAUAGAUCUGAUAAUAGAUGAAUAUAUUGGAACCAAUGAAGAUCGUGUGAAGAAUAGAGACGGGUUCACUGAGCUGCUAGGAGACAUUUUGUUUACUAUUCCAGUCAUUAAGACAUCUAAUGCCCACAGAGAUGCAGGUGGUGCUGUUUACCUGUAUGAAUACCAGCAUCCUCCCACACUCCUGCAGAAGAAAAGGCCAAGCUUUGUUCGGGCUGAUCAUGCAGAUGAACUUCCUAUAGUGUUUGGACUCUGUUUCACAACUACUCAUGUCAAACUAUCUGACCCAUGUCCUAAAGAGGAGGAAGAGUUAAGCAAAACCAUGAUGAGCUACUGGGGGAACUUUGCCCGUACAGGGUCUCCUAAUGGUGACGGUCUUGCUCACUGGCCACAGUAUGGAGCAGGAGAAGACUACCUGGCCAUUGGUUUGAAGCAGCAGGUCACCCGUCAGCAUCUGAAGAAGAACCGCUUUGUCUUCAUGACUCAGACGCUUAUAGAAAUGAUUCAGCAACUCGAGGAGAAGAUGGAGCGCAGCGAGCUGUAGAGCAGUCACCUCCCCGUUCUCUGGUCCAUCAUGUUACAAUGUCUGUGUGACAGGUUACAUAUUAGUGGUGACAAUAGUAUGUUUGGCAUCAGACCCAGUGAAAUAGCAUAUGUUGAAUAGAGUUGUUUAUUUCUGGUGUUACACUGUUUUUUCAAUUUUGUUUUGAAUCUGUAUCGGUUUCACACUGCAGUAGAGAGUAGGGGUAAAUGCAGAGAGAGUCCAGCAGGGGGAGUUCUAAAUUGCCGAGCUAUAUAGGAGGCCACAUCGCAGCUCCUUCACUCAAUACACUCGAGCGAAAGAGGAAAGCUGUGUUGUGUGUAUUGCCCUCAUUCAUUUUCCCCUUAUCAUGGCUUUUACAUCAGCAUUAACAACAAACUAGGAAAAUUAAACACAUUUGCAGUUUUUUUGUGUGGACCAGUCACAAUAUAAUAUAUUGCAUGCAUUUUGCUAAAGAAAAUAUUGUUUUUUUCAGCAUUGAACCUUUGUCACUCUCUUUGGGGCUGUGACCAGGGGAAGUGGGAGUGGUGUACAGUAGCAAGUACAAGGAACCUGUUGAGUCACACCAUUAUGUGGUAUUAAAUUUGUUGGGGGAAUGA